AAUGAGGCUACGCAACGUCGGUGGGGGCAGACAACAGGAUGGUCGAACUUUGGUAGAACUUUGACUCCGAAAUUUCCCCUUUUUACCAUCUGUUUCCAUCAUGUACAACGGCAGAGGAAACAGAGUGGCCGCAGAGGAUCAGGAAGAGAGAAGGCCUGUUUUAUCCGGUAAAAAGAGAUCCAGUUAUUUAGACAAGAGAACCCGAUUGUUGAGCGAUGCUUCGAGUUCAAGCUCGCACAGUUCAGAGCCCGAUCCAGACAGUAUAGCGGGGAUGAGACUACGGGGAAGCCUCGUGCCUUCACCGGGCGGCCCGCGCUCCGGCGCGCCGGGCGCUGGCGGACAAGACUGCGGCGAUUUCGCCGACGAGUGGAGUACGAAGGGGGUGACUAAAGCAUGUGAGUAUGUGGGAUCUUUUUCGGUGGCGCAUCUACAACCUAACAACAGAGCUGAGUUUGUUCGUCUUCAGCUUCAGUCCCUACAGAAUCCCAAGAAAUCUCGGCCAGUGUCUCUCUUCAUCUCGCUCUCAGGGAUCAAAGUCUACGAUCCAGAAAAUCACCAGGUGACCCUUAUGGCUCAUGCUCUAAAGCGGAUCUCUUACGCGACCUGUGACCCUGACUUCUGCCAGUUUGCCUUCCUCUCUCGUAACCCUAAAGGUCCUGUUGGAAUCCAGUAUUGUCACGUCUUCAUCACACGUGAACCUAGCGAGGCAGAAGAAAUAAAUGCCAUCGUUGGCAAGGCCUUCAAGGUUGCCUACGCCAGCCUCCGCAGUAAGAAGCAAUUUUUUGAGCUGAUUGAGGAGCUCAAUCGUGAGCAAGAGGAGUACUUUGCCCAGAUUACUCAUCAGCAGAAUGUUGUCACUCGGGUUGGCAGCUGGAUAGAUGGGCGAGAGAGAGAACUCGUCGUUGGCCAAGGAAGAGUCUGGGCCAAACAAGUAGCUGGGCGUAAACAACACAAGCAGCCCCACAUUAUUGCUGGUAUAGAUCCUGCCCUCCAAGUAACAAUUCCACCUCCAAAUCACUGCCGAUCACCAGUAAACUUUUCUGCCUCAAGCCAAAGUCAGCGGCCUUCCAGUAGUCAAGCGCAGAUGGGGGCAUCGGCCUCCCGGAAUGCCCGCAUCAACAGUGCGGAAUCUGGAGACUCGGCAGAGGAGUUUGAGUGGGUGACAGAGGAGGAUAUUGAGGAAGGAGAGGUACAGCCUUCAGCUCCCACCAUGGAAGCAGAAGAUCUCAACAAUAGGAAAAGGAUGUCGCACGUUGCUUUUAAGCAAACACAGCGGACAGUUGCUCUCCCUCCUGCCCCUUACUAUGAGGUAGAGCCUUGUAACGAGUGGACUGCUCGUUCCAUCGCCUUGCCCACGACUGGCUUCUCGAUCAUCCACGAACAGAAGACGAAGCACCUUGUGCUACAGAAGGAUCAGGCAGCAGCAUCAUCGUCUGGGAGCAGCAUGGCACUUAUCGAGACCCAUCGAGCUCACACCCCGGGACAAAUCCUCCUCCAGGACUCUACUGUGCCUCCUCCAUUCACCUACAAACCCAACAAGGAGGAGGAUGAUUGCUAUGGUUACGGCAAUGGUUACUCUGAGAACAGACUAAGUGAGUACUCAGAUCGAGACUCGUUUGAUUAUGACCGGAGCUAUGCCAUUUUGGAACAGUUUAUUAACGCAACAUGUGACAUCUCGGGCGAUUGGUUAGACCCUGAUCUGAGACCAUCUCCGGUUUCUAAGGAGCCCAGUGAAAGACCAUUUGAUGAUGUGCAAUCUGAAGGGAACUCCGAGCAACAGGACUCGGUAUCCAUUAACAACAACAUUAAGAAACUCUCAGACGAAAGCAGUGUAAGUGCCCCGGACAGCGUCAACAUACCACAACCAAUACCACACAGGAGCAUGCAACAAGGUGACUUAUCCACCGAUGAUGUGCAAGGUCAAAGGUCAUCUCCACCUAUAAAUAAUCAAAGUCAGAGGUUAAGUAAACUUUCUUGUCAAGAGGAUCAAGUAGCUCAUUUGAAUGGUCAAGCUAUGAAUAUUAAUCAGAAUGCAAAUGAGGAGCCAGGCAGGGACAAACCCAAACCAACGCCGAGAAAAGCCAAGGCACCUGCUCCUCCAAUCCCUGUAGACGCUGGUAAAGUGGGGCACGGGAAAGGUCCUGCUCCGCCCAUACCCAGCGCCGAUGUAAAUCGGUUGGUAAAUGUUGACGAAUCAAGUGAGAAGAAUAACCUCAAACGCUCGGCAUCAUCUGUAUCUAGCAGUGGCGGGGAGGCAGUGAGUCGAGCUCUCGCCGCACCCAAAUCGCUCGACAUUGCCGGAGCAGCUGCGGUCAGUCAGAGGUUACUUAAAGGUCAGGCGUCCACCGCCAGUCAGAGAUCAGGUGGAAGGUCACCGGGUCACGUGGGUCACAAGGUGGAGGUGGAGAUUGGGAAAUUUCGAUGCAAGAAAGUGAGCAAUAAUGGUAUUGCUCCACCGCUGCCACCAAGGUCAACAUCCCUUGUGGAGAAUGGAAUGUCCCAAGAUGGAAGCAGUGCCCAUGGCAACCCUAUUCAGUACAAAGAUGUGACUGAAGCACCCUGGUUCAAAGCAGGAGUACCCAGAGAGAUCGCUGUUGAGAUACUUCAACAGGAGGAACGUGGAGCGUUUAUUGUCCGAGAGAGUAAAAGUCACCCAGGAUGCUUUGCUCUCUCCAUCAAGGUAGAUGGAGAUUUCAAUGAGACUGGUAUCGCCAAUUACCUAGUAGUCCGUACCAAGAACGGUGGAUACACCAUCAAGGGUUUUGGCCGAGACUUUGCUGAUUUGCCAAGACUAGUCCAUCAUUAUGCCCUGCACCAAGAGCAGCUGCCUUGCAAGUUGAAUCUCUCCCGUUGCAAUCCUCUCUUUCGACAAGAUGAGGACGAGGGAGAGGAGGAAGGAGAUGGAGACGGAGACUUGGAUUACACCAGCAGGACAGACUACAAGCCGGUCAUGGCCGGUAUGAAGUAGAGCAAACUGGUCUGAUCCAGUUCACAGCAAGAAAAGUCCACAAGAAAAGUAUUUUGGAACUGGCUAUGGUCAGCACGAAGGAGUGUAAACCAGUCAAAUCAGGAGCAGUGAUAGACGAUUAUGAGAGACUUGGAUUUCAUAGCAGGUGUGGUUGGUGUGAUCAUGAAUGAAGUGGACAAUCUGGUUCCUGGAUUGAAGGAAAAUACAGCACGGGCUAAAAGAGAAGAGGUGAUAUUCAAGUCAGGAAUCCAAAUGUGCUUAGAAGGAUCAUGAACUUCAAACCUGUUUUUUGGUGGUGAAAAUUCUCUUGCUUAAACAGUUUUUUUGAGGAAACAUGAAAUCAAAGUAGAUCUUUUUAAGUUGAACUCCUUUUCACCCAUAACUGCUUCAAAGAAACUGAUGAAUCCUAUUAAUUUACUGUUUACGGUUUCUAUUUAAGCAAAGUUUUUUUUUU